CGAUAGCACAACUAUUCUAUACCCGCACAGUCAGCACUUUAUCAUAAUGGUUGUACAAUUCACAUGAAUGUGGGGACAUGGAAUUGAUAUUGAAAAAAACUGUAAUAGGAACAAUCGUGUACUAGCAGUGAUUAGUUUAUCUGAUAAAUCGCCGCUGGUUAAUCGCGUGAAACCGUGUAUCUAAUUAGUAGGACGCCUUGACUUUGAGUCGCUAACAUCUAAAUUGGGAGGUUGCAGAAAGCUUAAGUAACCAUGGCAAACGAAUUUCUCGUCUCCAAGUGGAAGAUCUGGUACAAGUCUCUGGAUGUCAACCAUGAUGGCAAGAUUACGUUUGCUGACGUCGAGGAGUCUAGGAGCAAGUUUUCCGAGCUGCAUCAUCUCCCUGAAGAACAGAAGAAGCAAGUGAUGAAAAACCUCGAGCAAUGGUGGAACGAGUUCAUCUUUAGGGGCAAGACAGGGGAAAUCUCUGAAUCCGAGUUUAUAAAGAUGCUCAGCAAAGAAUUCUCGGCCGACAAGGCCAAAUUUAAGAAGAGCAUGGAGAAAUGCUUUAACAUCCUCUUUGACGUCAUCGACACCAACAAGGACAGGUCCAUUUCCGAAGACGAAUUCCUCAUCGCCUUCAAAGCCUACGGUCACGAGAAUGUUGCAUUAGAUACCAAUUUUUUCAAGGCUUACAAACCUAUAGACGGACUUGUACCAUUUAAGGAAAUCGUCAACUCUUGGAUCGAGUUCGCCACAAGCGAAGAUAAGACCAAACCCGAUAUUGUUAAAACGGCAUUUGAAGCCGGUGUCUAAACCGCUUACAGUUUGUGUAUAUGUCCCUUGGACCUACCAUUACAUUCGUGUACCUCCAUUCGAUAUAUUCCCGAUGAUCUAUUUGUAAAUUGUUUACGUCUGUCAGGUAUGUGUUAUCCUCCGACGUUAACAGAGGAAAAUACGUAUGUAUACGUGGCGAGAUAGAAGAAUUAAACGUUAGCCCUUAAUACUCACACUUUUAUGUGAGUGACAAUUUUGGGGUUAGUUGAUAAAGCCUUGUGUAAGUAGUAUGCACUCUCUACAGCGAAUAUUUAUUAUCUUAGUAUUUUUUCAAACCCGAUAAAACGUCGAUCAAUAAAAAACUAGGAUAAACGUUUAAAAUAAGUAGAGCGCGAACAGUUGAAAAUAAUUUUCUCUUGUACAAUCGAACAUUUAUUAUUGUGCAAAGACAUAUACAUUAUCGGGAACCCCAAUUAGCCUGCGCAGAUUCGUUCAUAUGACACACUAUGUUCAAGUAAAUGUUCAACUGUCGGUUACGACAUGAACUUGUUCGUUAUAAAUUUGCUUCAAGUAAAAAACAUUAGAUUUUUGGUUCCAAAAUAUUGCUUAAAUAGUCUACACUCGUAUCAAGAUUGAUUUUGAUUCACAAUGAAGGUGACAAAAUAACAUAUGCAAGAUUACCAUUAUUCAUUUCACUGUAUUCUUCAAUCACAGAAAACCACGUUUAACGACAUUCCCUUGAAAGGAUAUUCAUUUACUAUUGUAUACGUGUCUAUCCUUUACAAAUACGUCCUUUGUGUAUUGGUUUGAUAAUACAGAUGUAUUGCUUUGAACCCUAUGUCGUUCGCUUUCCACGUUUUGCUGUUGUUGAUUUAUCUACACGACCAAUAAACCUGUUAACCAUU